UUCGCCAUCAAUUAUGGAUAUGUGAAAAGAUUUGAGAAAAAUCCUUUCUCCUGAAGAUAAUUAUAUAGCUUCGAGCAACAAAUCACACAAAAAUUGCUGAUCUACACAAAUAGCGGGAAUCUCCUUGGGAAUUUGAUGGCAAGUGUCCUCCUGAAUCUGUGGCGCAAGUAUCGGCUGGUUGUAAUCUUUCCCUCCCUCACAGCGUACUUCAUCUACGCGGAUCUAGAACAUACCAAGAAGUGGAAGAAGUCACUGGAGGAUUCCAAAUAAAGCCAACAUGGUCUUGAACAGUGUCUUCGGCCUCACCACGAAGUCUGUGUGGUUCGCUGUGCCCAUGACUGGCUUUUGCAUUGGCUGGUUCCUGGAUUACCAGGAAACCCUUCGCAUGACAAGGUUCCGCGACAAGAGCGCCUUGUACGGCAGAGAAUUGGCGCCUGGCGAGCAGCCGACCUGGCCCUAGUGUUUGUAUCAUGGGAGAGAUAGUUAAUAAAUUGAAUAAAUAAAAGUAA